AGUCCGAUUAAGGUGGAUAAGGAACAGGAGAGUGUUGUUUGUUUAGGUUUCACAAUGGGAACAGCGUCUGUCGUUGUUCAUGUUGUAGGACUUUUUGUCCUCACCGUGAGUUCGUUAGCCUCUUCAGAUGUGUUUGACAGUGUUUUGGGGAACACGGUAUCUUGUCACAGGUCAUGUGAAAUGACAUACAGUUUGCACACGUAUCCGCGGGAAGAGGAACUGUAUGCCUGUCAGAGAGGCUGCCGUCUGUUCUCCAUUUGUCAGUUUGUUCGUGACGGCGACAAUUUGAAUCAGACCAAGUCCGAGUGUGAAUCAACUUGUCGUGAAGCCUACACUCAGACUGAUGAGCAGUAUGCAUGCAACAUGGGCUGUCACAAUCAGCUUCCUGUUGCUGAGCAGCGGCUGGAGCAGCUGGAGGCCAUGGUGCCCAGGAUUCAUCUUCUGUACCCACUGACUCUGGUCCGGGGCUUUUGGGACGACGUGAUGAGUCAGGCUCACAGCUUCAUCACUUCCACCUGGACUUUCUAUCUCCAGGCUGAUGAUGGAAAAGUGGUCAUUUUCCAGACUGAACCUCAAGUCAGGUUCUUCCCCCAGCUUGAUCUGGAUGACGAAAUGAAAUGGGAGCCACCAAAAAGCACCUCAGGACUGAGCAGUCCUAUUUACAAAGAAUACCAUCGCACUUUAAUCCAAGAGAGAGACAGAGAUCUGACUGGUGACCACAGCUAUGAUGAUGGAUACAACCUCUUCAGCUGUCUGUCCAGGAACUCUUGGCUGCCAGGGUGGAUCCUAACAUCCACUCUGAUUCUGUCUGUGUUGGUUCUGAUCUGGAUCUGCUGUGCCACGGUGGCGACUGCUGUGGAUCAAUAUGUGCCUGUUGAGAUAAAGAAGUUGAGCAUCUAUGGUGACAAGGACUACAUGAAAGAGCAGAAACUGACUCCAUACCCAGCAUCCUCCCUGCUCAUCAUCACCUCCAAAGGAACAGAAGAGGCAGGACCGCUCCCCUCCAAGGUCAACCUGGGCCAGUCUGACGUCUAGAGCCUAAAGCUGCACUCCAGAAGGGAGUUUCUCCUCUACACGAUUUUUAGUCCUCUGAUUUAGGGUCUGAGCUGGUUGUGGUGUGAACAGAACUUGCAGUGUGUUUUGUAUUGCCUCUACUUUGAUUGAAGCGUUUGAAAUUGGGGUGACUGGAAGGUGUUUAAUGUAUUUGAGGCAUUAUGUUAUGAUGAGGGCAGUACACGUUAAAAAGGCUUCAUGGCUUUUCUUAUUAUCGCUGUGUGCAGUAGCUCUCUGUCGGUGUGUAUUUUAUUGAAUGUCAAAUUGAACUCUUUGUGACCUGAAGUGAUGCAGAUUUCUCCUAAACCGACUUUUUUUUUUCUUUGUAAUUUAGAUUGUGCUAAUACUACAGACUUCUUGUUUAUCCUGUUUUUUUUUACCCCAAGUCGCUAUCCAGAUAAUUAAAUUUACAGCAAAUUCUGUUUUAAACCAAUGAAGAUGGUAUGUAAUCUUAAGAUUUUCUUGCUUCAGUUUGUUCUCUCAGCAACAAAGUGAAAUAAAAUAAAGCUAAAACCA